ACAAACGCUCUCAAUCACACAGUCAGUGUUGGUUUUGUUGUGACUUGUAGCCUGAGACUUCAGUUUUGACCUGAUCACCUGUAUCUCUACAACCCUCCGCCCACAUAGCCACAGAACUGGGUAAUGCUUAAAGACUGACUGGUAUGUUUUGAUAAGCAGGUUCUAUAAAGGUUAUUAGCUAGCGACUGACUCAACAUGGCAUGCCUCUCAUUCAGAUUAUGAUGAAUGACCAUAAACUUGUCUGUUUGACUGUGUAUUAAGAGCGAUCCCACACAUGGUAUGUGUGCUGCUGUCAGGUGCUUGGAUUUAACCUGCUCCACAAUAAUGACUAAUCUCUGAGAAGGCACGGCAGCUGAAAUGUUACCUGAACUGUAGUGCAGGUUAAAUUAAAUCCCUUGAGAGCAGCACAUACAAUGGGCUUUCUCUCUAUUGAGUGUUGUGGAUGGCCCAGCACGAGUGUGAAAGUUAGGGAUGUGUGCAUUCCACUCACACACUCUGUAUGUGUACACUGGCUCAUGGACGUGUGUGUUCUGUGUUUGUGUGUACAUCAGACUCAUGGACGUGUGUGCCACCCUGAGGACGGAUCAGGAGACUAAAGUCACCCUGGUGUUUGAGCACGUGGACCAGGACCUUAAGACCUACCUUGCGAAGGCCCCCGCCCCAGGACUGCCCUCCAGCAGCAUCCAAGACCUGAUGCGUCAGUUGCUGUGUGGCCUGGCGUUCCUCCACUCGAACCGCGUGGUGCACCGGGACCUGAAGCCAGAGAACAUCCUGGUCACCAGCCGUGGUCAGGUGAAGCUCGCCGACUUUGGACUGGCAAGGAUCUACAGCUACCACAUGGCCCUCACUCCUGUGGUGGUGACUCUGUGGUACAGGCCUCCUGAGGUCUURCUCCAGUCCACCUAUGCCACGCCUGUGGACAUCUGGAGCACGGGCUGCAUCUUUGCUGAGAUGUUCCGACGCAAACCAUUGUUCUGUGGAGACUCUGAAGUGGACCAACUGGGAAAGAUAUUCAAUGUGAUUGGCCUGCCACCUGAGGAGGAGUGGCCUGCUGAUGUCACCCUCUCACGACACAACUUCAGUCCUAUCAGCCCCCGCCCAAUCACCGACUACGCUCCAGAGAUCAAUAAACAGGGGACAGAGUUGCUGCUGAAAAUGCUAACUUUUGACCCUCUAAGACGAAUCUCUGCCCUGAAUGCUCUAGAACAUCCUUACUUCCAGGAGAAUGAGGAAGUGACAAAUGGUUGAAAUGCAGUUAAUGACAUGGAAGGACGGUACCAUGAGGAAUGGUAACCCUGACUCCAUUUGUGUAAUUGUCAUUCAGUGCAUUUCAGGCCAGGUUCCUGUUGUGGGUCCUUUUAUCUUACUACACAAGCUASUCACACCCAGUGGACCACCUGGAGAAUGUAAGGAGAGAAGUGGGGUUUUAGGACCAAUAUGGAUAUGAACCUGAAGAGGGAUUGACUCGUUCAUUCCCCAAGUGAAAUGUGCACCCAUACAUACAACACGGCAUAACUGUCCUGAGUCAUUAAUAUUAUAGCUUCAUGUAUUUUUGUAAAUUCACACAUGAACACAGUAGCGAAGUGGCAUUUGUUGAACAGGUUUACAGGCCAAAUGUAUUUUUCUGUACCAAGCAUCCCUCCCAAUGUAUCAGUGUUGCAAAGACUAAUAAAGCUGCUACAAUCAACUAA